AUGGCGGAUGAUGAGAAGUACGAGUGCCAGACGAUGGAUCUGGAGGCGCGGCGGCGGGCGGCGCACGACCCGGGGAUGCACGCGCGCGUCGCGGCGCGCAUGGCGCUCACCCCCGACCAGACGGCGCGCGUGCUGGCCGCCUGGCGCGUGUUCGAGGGAGCGCUCUGCCGCCUGCGGGACGAGCGCGCCGCGCUGCGGGCCCGCCUGGCCGCGCUGCAGGCGCACCUGGAGGGCGUGACAGCUGGCGGCAGCUGCGGCGACGGGCGCGUGGCGGCGCCCAAUGCGGAGGGCGGCGGUCUUUGCAAGGGGGAGCAGCAGGCGCCGGGGCCGCGGCAGGUGUUGGGGGCGCGGCGGGCGUCGGGGGCGCCGGAUGUGAUGGGGGUGCAGUGCGCAUUGGAGCCGGGGAUUGCGAGUGGGCUGAGGAGCGGUGAUCUGGAGGAGGUGGUUGCUGAGCUGACGGACAAUCUGGUGAGGACGCUGUGA